AUGGAGGCUAGAUCCUAAUCUGUCUCUUCAGUUGUGGGUGAGCCUUUGUGUAACUUGGUUCCAGCCAAAAUGGAGCCCAAGGCAUACAAAGCGCACCAUAUCGAGGUUAAGGACAAAUACUGUGCUAGAGCAGAUAUUGUGCGGAACAAACUCAUCCAGACAUUCUAUUUGAUGGACCAACUCCAAGAAGGUCACAAAGGUUCUCCCAAGUUCAUAAUCAGGGAUGUCUUUGAUUCAAAUGCCUUGCAGGGAAAAGACACUCACCAGCUGGUGCGUUUCGAGAUCUCUACCAAAAGGGACAAAAUCGUCAACAUGGCAGAUCGCAGGCGGAGUCGUCUCAAGAACGUCCACUCAAACUACCCACCCAUGAACAUGUUUGCCCACUGGAUCGUGGAAAGCAAAUGGUUUACAAAUCUGAUCAUAGCCCUAAUUGUUCUCAAUAUUAUCAUAAUAGAGAUACAGGCAGAGAUUUUUGACAACAAAGACCCAAACCUGGAGAUUCUGAAACUAGUUUUGGAUAUGCUGGAUUGGAGCAUCCUGGUGAUCUUCAUUCUGGAGAUCCUGAUCAAAUGGUUUGAUGGCUUCAUCCAUUUCUGGAGAAGCACCUGGAACAUUCUGGACUUUUUGGUCACAUUUUUAUCCAUCCUGCCAGAGGUGAUCACAGCCAUUGGCGGCGUCAGCAAGGCUAACAUGCAGGCCAUUGAGCACCUGCGGAAGCUGCGUAUCCUGCGCGCCCUCAAGAUGGUCUCCAAGUUCCGGCAGAUCCGACUCAUCUUGCUGACAGUCUCCAAAGCGUUUAAGGCCAUGACGUUCAUCUUCCUACUAUUACUGGUGUUUGCAUACAUCUUCGCCGUGGUUGGGGUCAUCCUCUUCCAGAGUUACACGCGCUCCAGUGUCGCGGGCCUGGUGUACCAUGACAGCUUCAAGGACAUCACCAGUUCCUUCAUCACACUCUUCAUCCUCUUCACUCUGGAUCACUGGUACGCCAUUCUGGCCGACACGAGGAAGGUUCCAGAGAUGGACCCAAACAUCUGCGGUGUCUACAUAAUACUAUGGCUUAUCAUAGGCGCAGUCAUAUUCCGCAACAUCUUUGUCGGGAUUCUGGUGAACAACUUCCAGUCCAUCAGACAAGACCUAUCCAGAGAGGUGAAGCAGAUAGAGAUGCAGCAGAGGGCCGACCAUUUUAAAGCAGAGAUGAUCAGCAAGAGGAGAAGUCACGAACAGCUCAGGGCCAAUUUAGGCAUAACGUCUGCAGCAGAUAACGAUGAGGAAGAGCCGACAGACCAGUUGCUUGCCAAUAAGAACGUGUACAGCACGAGAGACAAGGACUGGGAAACACACGUUGAGGAGAGCAUGAUCAUUGUGCAGAAUCAGGAGGAGGAUGAGCAGGUCUUCUGGCCCAGGGACUCCCUCUUCAGGUACUUUGAGCUUCUUGAGAUGCUGCAGCACAGCUUGGAUGAAAGGAAAAGACUGCAGAACCUGGCAUCUCAAGCACUCCUCAAUCUACAUGACUCCUAAUGAUGAAGACACCACAGUCGUUUAUUCUGAAUAAAAAAACAAUGCAUUUAGUAAGUAAGUAAAAUUUGUUUGUAUAGCGCUUUU